UCAUGUUCAUCGAGCCGUUUGGCCAAGAAAAGCUUUUCCCUUUAAUCAUUUAGAGGCUGGGACCGCAGGAGGGGUUCUGAAUGGGAGAGACCUCGCAGUGUGUAUCAAUUAACCUUUCACUUUAGUUCUCAAUGUCUUAUUUCAACUUGGUCAACUGUGGUUUAACAUGCACAUUAGAUUAUGCAGCAUUUCUGUAUGCACUCAUGAGGGAUAGUGCUAUUACUGACUCUCUGCAACAUGACAUCCCUCUCUGAUCUGCUAUCCCAGACGCCUUUGCACUCAAUUGGAAGUUAUAAAAGUGUAGAUGCAUCAUACAAACUAGGGCUGGGUGAUAUUAAACCUAUUUGAUGUGGUUUUCUGGCUUUAUACUGUUUAGAAACAUCUUGUAUAAUAAUGCACUGACUUAAAUGCUUCAUUUGGAAUAAACUUUCCAAAUGUAAUGUGUCUGAUUUGAUCUUUUUUUUUUUUUUGGUAGAUAUGGCAUUGAAUAGGGCAAGUUUGAUUCCUUUACAAAUUAUUCAUACUCCUGUGGCUUUUUUCAUGUGUUAAUUGAAUAAAAUGCCAUGCAUUUUGUUUUACUAUGGGUGCAUAUAAAUUAUAUCUUUGUAAACUUUUUUUAUGCAUUAAGAUAUAAUUUGUUUAGCUCUAUCACCCAGUCCUAAAGUUAACCGUAGAAAACAUCAGUCUAUUUAUAUGGUGGCUGUAUGGAAUAAAUAACUAAUAAAAACUCUUGGUUUGGUCCAAGAUCACAUGCUACCACUUUAUUUUUAGACCUUUCUAUUUAGGAGCCAGUUAAAGAAACCCGGCCUUGGGUCAGUGGAAGUUAAAUAUCUCCAUGAAAGGAAAUCUUGUACUUUCCUGUCUAGCGCAGAUUAUAUCUGACGCUGUCAAACACAAGUUAUGUCAGAUCUCAUGAUUUCAGGCAGGGCUAUGACCCUUGGCCACAAAGUUAGCAGUAUGUAGCGGACGCUGUGUGUGUGUGAGACACGUGCGAGAGUGUGUGUGGUCUCAUUGAAUGUGUAUUCUGUGCUGUGUCCUUACAGGAGAUGAGACGAGACAGAGGGUUAAAUUCACAGACGAGCGCGUCUGCAAAUCGCACCUGCUCAACUGCUGCCCGCAUGACAUCCUCUCUGGAACGCGCAUGGACCUCGGCGAAUGCUCUAAGAUACAUGACCUGGCGCUGAGAGCAGACUACGAGAUCGCGUCUAAAGAGAGAGACCUGUUCUUCGAACUAGAUGCGGUGGAUCACCUGGAGUCGUUUAUUGCCGACUGUGACCGCAGGACUGAGUUGGCCAAGAAGCGUCUGGCUGAGACACAGGAAGAGAUCAGCGCCGAGGUGGCCGCAAAGGCAGAAAAGGUUCAUGAGUUGAACGAGGAGAUCGGAAAGCUGCUGGCGAAGGCUGAACAGCUCGGCGCUGAGGGAAAUGUGGAUGAAGCCCAGACAGUUCUUCAGGAGGUUGAGAGAGUCCGAGCUAAGAAGAAGGAUGCUGAGGAAGAGUACAGGAACUCAAUGCCCGCCUCCAGUUUCCAGCAGCAGAAGUUGCGCGUCUGUGAGGUUUGCUCCGCUUACCUAGGUCUUCAUGACAAUGACCGGCGUCUCGCUGACCACUUUGGUGGCAAACUGCACCUGGGCUUCAUUCAGAUCAGAGAGAAGCUGGAACAGCUGAAGAAAACGGUGCAGGACAAACAGGAGAGGAGAAACCAGGAGCGACUGAAGCGGAGGGAAGAGCGGGAGAGAGAGGAGAAAAUGAAAAAGCAGACAAAGUCACGUAGCAGAGAACGCAAGAGAUCACGUUCUCGUGACCACGAUCGAGAGCGCAGACGCCGUCGUUCCCACUCUGCAUCGCGAGAGAAGCGUCGUUCCCGCUCUGCAUCGAGGGAGAAACGUCGUUCCAGCUCUCGCUCCAAAGAGCGCGACAGACGCCGACGACACCGAUCCAGAUCCCGAUCCCGCUCGCGGCACAGCCGAGAACACUCACACAAAUCUUCUCGGGACCGUGAUCGUGAGAGGGACAGCAAGCGCAGUUCCUCCGAGCGGAGAUCAGACGGGAUGAAUGGGAGGACGGAGUCUCGCCGUCAUGAUGACAGAGAGGCUGGAGAGAUCUGAAUCAUCUCACACUACCAUAACACACACACAUACAGCACACAGCGCGCUCUCAUACAUAUACACUUUUUUUUAUUUAUCAUGUUUGCUUGGUCCGUAGUAAACUGCCCACGCCGUUUCAUUACAGUCUUUAAUAUCUCAGUCCUGUCGGAUUCACUGUCAAAUGUUGAAAUGACAAUAUUUUGUGUGUGUGUGGAGUUAAGGGUAUUCUUUUUUUUUUUUCUUCUUCUAUCAGAUGUAUGCCACUUAUUUUUUUUGCCUCUCUAUAAUGUCUGUUGUUUUGGGGGAUUUGGAUUUGUCCUGAGUGGAUUUGUGCAUGUUCUGAGGUCAGUUUAAAUCCCCUUUUCUUUAAAUAGAGCUGCAGUACUCCUCCUAGAGACUGACUCUUUGUAUCUGUAGCAGAGGCGUAGGAGUUUAACAAUCUAAACUGAAUCCGUCAUGGCAUAUUCUUUGAUUUACUCUGUACAUGAUCUUUUAUAAGGCUGUUUUGAUUUCAUGUUGCCCUUAUUAAAGUGCAUUAAAUGGUUUUAUGACUUUUAAA